AUGGCGCCCGUUGCCACUGAAUUCGAGCGCAUCAUCCAUACCGCCCGAGAGCGCAAGCGCAAUGAAGCCCUCGCCGACAAGAUCUUCUCCAAAGGCCGCCGCCAGAGCGCGCCCGCAGGCCUCAAGGCUUCCCAGCCAGGAGGAUCACUCGCCAGCCGAGUAGGCGUCAAAAAGGCCACACCUCCCUCGGCCCUGCGUCGUCGAGCAAACGGCAACGCCGGCGACGUCAACGGCGAAUGGACGCACGACCUGCACACCUCCGUCAACCGCCCCGACCUAUCCAACCUCCCGCUCAGCUCCCGAAUCACCCUCCCCGGUGCCACCACCACCACCACCUCCCGCAAGGCCCCCCCUGCAGCAGCAGUGUCCUCCAAGAAGAAGUUUGCCAGGCUCAGCGCCGCCGUCGACCGCAUGGACACGGACCCUUCCGUCCGGCAGCAGGUCAACGUCGUCCCGCAGAGGGCAACCCAGCGGAUAAUACCCGACGCGGGCAUGACGAUCCGCGGGCUCGCCGGCCCGUUCGCCGUCAUGGCGCAGAACUUUGCCCCGGGGACGACGGCCGCCGACGUGGAGAGCGCCAUGACGCCCGUCGGGGGCGAGAUGCUCAGCUGCGAGGUGGUCAAGACGCAUCCGUUUAUGAUUGUCGAGAUGGUGUUUGCGUCGAGGGAGGGCGGCGAAAGGGUGAUUGAGACGUUCAACAACAAGACUGCCGACGGCAGAAUCCUCAAAGUCUACCCCAAGCCAGGCGGCUACAAGCCCCCCCGCGACUCCCCCUCCUUAUCAGCUUCCUCCUCAGGCGGCCGCCAACCGUCCUCCACCCGCGCCCAAGUCGUCGACGGCUCCAUGGGCUUCCCGGAGAACGACCUCAUGGCCACGGACAACAUGCCCCCUCGCUCGCGAAACAGCAGCAACAACAGGCUAAACUAUCACAACACCAACAACAACAACAAUGACAGCGCACAGAGGCGCGGCCGUGGAUUCCAGAGGGGCCACUCGAAUAACGGACGCUAG